AUGUGUGACUUUGUAACCGCAGAGGAUGAACACAUCUUUAUUCCCGUGUGGAUCCGGAAACAGUGUCACUGUUUUUCUUGGACUUUUCUGUAUUUGUGUAUUGUUUACUCUCUUCAUAAUGAAGAUUUGACUUUCGGUAGUGUCUAUUUCAUUUUACAGGAAAAUGUAGAUGAAGCAGUAAAGAAACUGAGAGAUGGAGGAAUUGAAGUGUUGGGAUUAGUAUGUCAUGUCUCAAAUGCACAACAGAGGAAGAAUUUGAUAGACAAGACCAUUCAGAAAUAUGGGAAACUAGAUGUGGUUGUGUCAAAUGCCGCUGUCAAUCCUUCAGUAGAUGCAAUAUUAGAAACUAAAGCAUCAGUCAUUGACAAGCUGUGGGAUAUCAAUGUCAAGGCCGCUAUACUAUUACUACAAGAUGCAGCUCCUUACCUUAAGAAGGGUUCAUCAGUUGUUCUGAUUUCCUCAAUUUCUGGUUACUCGCCACCAGCUUCAAUGGGUAUGUAUGGAGGGACUAAAACUGCGCUACUCGGACUUACCAAGGCUCUUGCAGCUGAAAUGAGUCCAGAUACUCGUGUAAACUGUGUAGCACCGGGUUUUGUACCUACACAUUUUGCUGAUUUCAUCACGAGUAAUGAACAAGUGAGGAGAGAGAUUGAGGGCAAGACAUUACUCAAUAGGCUUGGAACAACACAAGAUAUGGCCGCUGCUGUUGCUUAUUUGGCUUCUGAUGAUGCUUCUUAUGUAACCGGAGAAACUCUGGUUGUUGCUGGAGGAAUGCCUUCCAGACUUUAACUUCUCGAUUGUAGUGCCUCUCCUUCUGGUUUUAGUUAGCUUGCAUCAUAUAAUUUGUAGAAUGUAAUUU